GGGCCCCGCCCGGCGCGGGCGGUUCCGGGGCGUCGGCGGCACCGGCGCAUGGCGGCGCUUCCGCUGCGGGCGCGGCGGCACCAUGAACUACAUGCCCGGCACGGCCAGCCUGAUCCAGGACAUCGACAAGAAGCACCUGGUGCUGCUGCGGGACGGCCGGACGCUCAUCGGGUUCCUGCGCAGCAUCGACCAGUUCGCAAACUUGGUGUUGCACCAGACUGUGGAGCGCAUCCACGUGGGCAAGAAGUAUGGGGACAUCCCUCGGGGCAUCUUCGUCGUGAGGGGCGAGAACGUGGUGCUGCUGGGGGAAAUUGACCUGGAGAAGGAGAGCGACACGCCUCUGCAGCAGGUGUCCAUCGAGGAGAUCCUGGAGGAGCAGCGGGUGGAGCAGCAGGCCAAGCAGGAGUCAGAGAAGCUGAAGGUGCAGGCGCUGAAGGAGCGGGGCCUGUCGGUGCCGCGGGCGGACACGCUGGAUGAGUACUGAGUGCUGCCCCUCGCCCGCCCGGGCAGGGACAGCCUUCCGUGGAAAGGCAGGUUUUCAUUUGCAGAUUGUAUUUUCCGUGGUGCUGGUAACUGUACACAAAUCAUGCCUUUAGUCUCCUUCAGGAGAAGGAGAUGAGGAGGGCCCAGCGCACUGGGAGUGCAAGCAUUUGUUUUUGGGAGGCAAAUCAUUGCUCCUUGGGUUUGUUUGCUUUCUCCUCCUCACGUGACUCUGGGUGAGCGUUUUCCUUGACAUGUAAAUAAAUCCUUGAUCCUGACAUCGAUGGUUUUCCAGUAUUCUGGUCCUGAGCAUUCCCCUCUCUCAGGACAAGCCCCCCUCAGGCCAGCUCCUGUCCCCUCUUUGUGCUGUGCAGGGACAGAUGGGACCCCUGGCCAAGCCCUGGGCUCACUCCGAGGGGAUGCUGGAGCCUGUGGCAAGAUCCUGCUCUGGGAGGGGCAGCAGAACCUGGGUACCCCUGUACCCCAACAGAGACUGCCUCUACCCCCAGCCAGGCUGUGCCAUUCCCCUGCAGCUGAGCCUGCUAAUUACCAGCUGAAGCCACUAAUUACCUGCUGAUGAAGAGCUGCUGCACCUGGGGCCCUGCAGAGCCUGGACCUCCAGCCCCUCCUCACUCGGUGCUCAGGGGGAGCCGGCACAGCUGGGUCAGCUUGGAGAGUCCUUUGUCCCCGGUGUGUCCCGGCCCUCCUGGAGGUGGAAGAGUCCUUGGCCUCGGGGCUGGCUUUGGGCAGCUGCCAGGCUCCAGGAGCCUCCUGGGUGUGGGCAGGGAAGGGCAAACCUCGGCAGGGACAAUCCCUGUGGAACCUCAGGCUGCUCCCCUGAGGGCAGUAGGAGUUCUUUGGGUGAAGAGUCUGUGCUGGGGGACCAGGGGACAAGCCCAGCUCUGCUUGCUGGGGCUGAACAAAACUGUCCUGGAGAGCUGACAGCUGUUGUGGCCACUGCUGACCCCCUCUCACUGGCCCAGGGACCACUCACUUUGGGGGGAAACAUUUCUGCCCCGUUGGACUUGAGUGGGUGUUGUGGGUUUGGGGGUAGCAAAGGUUUAAACAAGGAAAUGCUAUUUCUUGUUCUAACAAAAUUUAAUAAAAAGCAUUUAUGGA